AUUUUAAUUUCUUCUUCUUCUUCUUCUUCCUCUCUCACGCGCACACACACACACACAGAACCUUCCUUCACCAAACUGUAACUACUCAUGUCCCACCAUUGCACCAUUCAUUUCACUAUAAAGCAAUCUCCAUUAUUCAUCCUUCCAGCUCCACCUAUUCUUACCAUACCUUUCAUUUCUUACCAAAGAAAGUUAAAAUUAAAAUUUAAAAACAAAAGGCCGACGGGCACCUGAAAAUUUGGGAUUUUGAAUUCAGUCUAGUGUAAUGUCGACUUUGGGACAUGUUCUGAUCAUCUUCUUCGUCGUGCUAGCUCUCUGCUCGACCUCCCAUGGCCAGUCGUCGUCCUGCGCGAGAUACACCUUUUCCGGCAACCAAUUAUUCAGAUCCUGCAACGAUCUCCCCUACCUGAAUUCCUUUCUCCACUGGAGCUACGACCAGUCCUCCAAAACCGCCAAAAUCGCCUACCGCCACGCCGGAGUUUCGCCGUCGCGGUGGGUGGCGUGGGCCGUCAAUCCGACGGGGCAGGGCAUGGUCGGGUCGCAGGCGCUCGUCGCUUUCCAGGGCUCCGACGGCACGAUGAGGGCUUACACGUCGCCCAUCUCCGGCUACCAGACGCUUCUGCAGCCGGGAAAUUUGAGCUUCCCUGUCUCCGAUCUGACUGCAACUUACGCCGGAAAUGAAAUCACCAUCUUCGCCACGCUGAAGCUCGACUCCUCCGCCGUGAAUCACGUCUGGCAGGAAGGCCCUGUUUCCGGCGGCUCUCCGGCGACGCACCCCACUUCCGGCCCCAAUGUCCGGUCCAUGGGGAGCUUGAAUCUUCUCUCCGGAGCGACGACGGCGACGACGUCGCCGGCCAAUUCCAAGACCAAGAAACGGAAUAUUCACGGAGUGCUUAACGCCGUCAGUUGGGGGAUCCUCCUCCCGAUCGGCGCCAUCCUCGCCAGGUACCUGAAAGUCUUCCCGGCGGCCGAUCCGGCAUGGUUCUACCUUCACGCAACUUGCCAGACCUCCGCCUACAUCGUCGGAGUUGCCGGAUGGGCCACCGGAAUCCGGCUAGGGAGCCAGUCCGCCGGCGUUCAGUACACAGCUCAUAGAAUCAUCGGCAUUGUCGUUUUCUGCCUCGGAACCCUUCAGGUGUCGGCGUUGCUCUUAAGGCCGAAAAAGGAUCACAAAUACAGAUUCUACUGGAACAUAUACCACCAUUUCAUCGGAUACUCCGUCAUAGUCCUCAGCAUCAUCAAUAUUUUCAAGGGGUUCGACAUUCUAAAUCCUCAGGAAAAAUGGAAGAGAGCAUACAUCGGCGUCCUAAUAGGCCUGGCGGCUGUCGCCGCAACCUCGGAAAUUUACACAUGGUUCGUGGUCUUGAGGAGGAAGAAGUCUGGAAACCAUCACAAGAGGCCUGAUGGAGUUAAUGGAACAAAUGGAUACAAUGGCAGAUCUCAGGACAGAGUUUGAAGGAAUUAAGGUUUUCGGUUUGGUCCAUGUUUUUUGUCCGACCCUCUUGUUCAUAUACCUCUUGUUCAUAUACAUAUACAUAUAUAUUUCUGCGAACAUAAAUUUUCCUAGUAGUGUGAUGUAUUAUUUAGGCACUAGUACAAGUUGUUACACUCGUAGUUGUAAUAAACAUAGCUCUUGGAUAUUUAUUUAUUAUUUCUUCGAUAUAUCAUACAUUCUACUCACAGAAUGAAA